AUGAAGUCCGUGCUGUUCAGUCGCUUUUUCAUCCUCCUGCCCUGGAUCCUAAUUGUCAUCAUCAUGCUCGACGUGGACACACGCAGGCCUGCGCCCCCCCUUACUCCGCGCCCCUACUUCUCUCCCUACCCAGUGGGCCGCGGGGGCGUCCGACUCCCGCUCCGCAGAGGUAGCUCCGGGCGCGGUGCGGAGAAGCGCAACGAGUCUCGGCCGCAGCCGGAGCCGCUGCUGCCCACCAUCUAUGCCAUCACGCCCACCUACAGCCGCCCSGUGCAAAAAGCCGAGCUGACCCGCCUGGCCAACACGUUCCGCCAGGUGGCGCAGCUGCACUGGAUCCUGGUGGAGGAUGCGGCGGCGCGCAGCGAACUGGUGAGCCGCUUCCUGGCGCGGGCCGGACUGCCCAACACGCACCUGCAUGUGCCCACGCCGCGGCGCUAUAAACGGCCAGGGUUGCCGCGCGCCACGGAGCAGCGCAACGCCGGCCUAGCCUGGCUGCGGCAGAGGCAUCAGCACCAGCGCGCGCAGCCAGGUGUGCUCUUCUUCGCAGACGAUGACAACACCUACAGUCUGGAGCUCUUCCAGGAGAUGCGAACCACGCGUAAGGUUUCUGUCUGGCCAGUGGGCCUGGUUGGUGGUCGACGCUAUGAACGUCCAUUGGUGGAAAAUGGAAAAGUCGUUGGUUGGUACACCGGCUGGAGAGCAGACAGGCCUUUUGCCAUCGACAUGGCAGGAUUUGCUGUAAGUCUUCAAGUCAUCUUGUCUAAUCCAAAAGCUGUAUUUAAGCGUCGUGGGUCCCAGCCAGGGAUGCAAGAAUCUGACUUUCUAAAACAGAUAACAACAGUGGAAGAACUGGAACCAAAAGCAAAUAACUGCACCAAGGUUCUUGUGUGGCACACUCGGACAGAGAAGGUUAAUCUAGCCAACGAGCCCAAGUACCACCUGGACACAGUGAAAAUUGAGGUGUAAGAUGAAGCAAAAACUGGC